AAUACGCUGGCAACAGAAUUUAAGGAGAAGUUAAACCAUGUGUUUGAACAUUUAACAACGUCUGGAAACCAAGUCACGGCCGACGACAUGAGAAGGUACAGUGCUUGCUUAUUCACCAACAAGGAGCCACAAAAUGAUAUUGCCUCAUAAUAAAAGCAGUUCGGAGAAAGAAAGAAAAGUAGUGGUCCUAUCCACAAACUUUUGUACGGACUAAUGCGACUUAGAUUUUAUUUAUUGAUUCAUUUUAGAUAACUUACGUCAGAAUCUGCUCUUAAGUAUAGGGCCAUCUUUGUUAAUGCCCGUUCACACUUUCGCAAUUUCGCUGCGAUUUUUAGCGCGAUUUUCUUCUUCUGGUGCAUGUGAACGAGUAGAUGAGUAAUUAAUGUUUUGAGUAUGUGUACCCUCAUCUGAACAUUCAUAACAAUAUACAAAUAAUGAAUGUUUACGAGUGCAAUGGUAAGAAUAUUUUCAUGAGGUGAAAGAUGGAAUGUUCCAUUCAACGAGGCGACAGCCGAGUUGAAUGGAACAUUCUAUCUUUCACCGAAUGAAAAUAUUCUUACCAUUGCACGAAGAAACAUUCAUUAUUUGUUUUAUAUAAUACCAAAAUAGACUAAUAGAUUCGUAUGAGAAGCAUUUUGAGGGAUGCGAUUUAUCGAAAACACAAAGAGUGCAAUUGUACCAUACGUUUUAUUCCAUUGCACUCGCGGAGAGUGCAAUGGAACGUGUUCCAUUGCACUCUUGGGAAAUGGAAUUUUCUAUUCAAUAUCACGUGACCAUAAACAGCCAAUUAAACGAUUAAAAUUUAUUAAGGUAUUAUAUAAUCUGAAAUAUUAAAUAAGUUAAAUGAUGUAAUCUUUUUCCAAUGACAGUUUAUAUUUUGGUGAUUAUUUUGGUAAGAAAGGGCUUGGCAGAAAUUAUGAUGAAGUUCGAGAUCUUGAUACACUGCAAGAGGUACGAUAUACCGUUUUAAAAAUGAAGGAAACUAUUAUAUAUAUCAGGAUUUUAUUUUUUCUUACAUUUUACCCUGAAUAGUAGUAGUAGUAGUAGAUUUAUUCAACCUCCCCGUAGGGCUUUUCAGGUUUAAAUUACAAUAUUACGUCUUGAAAUUUACAAUAUAAAAAGCGAAUAGCUAUUAUAAGUUAUUACAUAUAUUAAAAUGUUAAAAGUACAUUAUAAGAACCAUGUAUGUACAUCAUAAAAUCUAAAAAUAAGUUCCUUUCAAAGUUGAAAUGUUUGAAAACUUUUCAUGAAGCCGUUUCUUCACUGCUUUCUUAAAUUGAGGUAAAGAUUUUAACUGUCUCUCCUGUUCUUCAAGCGAAUUCCGAAGUUUACACGCUGUAAAUAUAAAAGUGCGUUCAGUGUUUUUUAUACGACAUUUAGGCGGUCUCAAUUCGUCCUUCUUGUUUUAUAAGCUUUAUUCUUAAUCCUACAAGAGUCAAGAUUUGAGGAUAGAUACUCCGGUACAAGAUUAUUGAUACACUUGUAAGUCAUCACUGCCUCUCUUAGAUAGAUUAUUUUGGGGAUAGGAAUCCAGGAUAAAUUAUGCAAUAUAGGUGUAAUAUGACAUAAUUUGGGUUCUCCAGUAAUUAUCCGGGCAGCAAAGUUUUGAGUAUGUUGUAGCUUUUGCAUGUUCUGCCUACUUGUUGAAGACCAUACUGUCGAGCAAUAGACUAGUUUACUUAAAACGAGUGACUGAAUUACAAGUUCCAGCGUUGCUUUAUCAAGUAGGUGUUUAACUCGACGUAUUUGAGACAGCUUAAAAUGGCAUGAUGAUACAAUUUCAUUUAUGUGACUGGAAUAAGAUAAGGAUUGAUCUAAAGUGAUUCCCAAAUUAAUCUUUAACAUGACCAGCAGGUUUAAGAAUUUUGUCAAGGAAUGGAAGUUCAACGUUUAAUGGGACAUGGCGCAAAAGUUGAUUGACACCGAACAAGAUAAACUGAGUUUUAUCUGGAUUUAUUAAGAGUUGGUUUGUACUACACCAUCCCGUAACUUUAUUCAAGUCCUCCUUCAAUCUACCAAGACCAUCAUUCAGUUCUUUCAGUGGGAAAGAGAGAUAGAGUUUAGUAUCGUCGACGUAGGAUUUAACAGAUGCAUUAGUGGUUUUAUGUGUUCUUGUACAUUUUAGACGAUGGAAAACUAUCUGGAUGACUAUAAUGUUUCCAGUAAGGCACCGAUGGAUCUAGUUUUGUUUCGAUUCGCCAUUGAACAUAUUUCCAGGAUAUGUCGUGUUUUACGUCAACCAAAUGGACACGCUUUGCUUGUGGGUAUGUUGGCAUAUAUUUAGUAGUUUUAACCUCACCAAAGUACGUAUAAACGAGCGUAUAUUCAAUUUAUAUUCAUCAGAAUUCGAACUAUGUUUGGUUGCAUAUAGCAAAAGCAUGGACUAUUAAUCCAUUGUUUGGUGCUGUUGUACUGGAAGCUACCCAUUCAUGAAUGUGAUGUCAGUGACGAUAUAAUAAUAAAUUUAUAGCGGUAUGCUGAAAAGCAGGAGCAUUUCGCGAGAAGAAAUUUUAAUGCAUACUGUAUAUAUAUUAUGGAGGAAAAUAUAGAGCAUACGUGCGAGGAAUAACAUGACAUGCAGAACCUUACAUAUAUUAAAUGAAUAACUAAUGUGUUGCAGUCCUUAGCAGUUGGAAGAAUUUUGUUUUGGACAGUUCAACUUUACUUUCUUUCGUUAAAAAUGUUGUAGGUAUCGGCGGAUCUGGCCGCUCCAGCGUGGCGCGUCUUGCAGCAUUUAUGUCUGAUUAUGAAAUAUUUCAAAUUGAAAUAACAAAGAACUAUAACACAACUGAUUGGACAGAAGAUGUAAAGAAAGUACUUCGUAAGGCUGGUUACAACGGAAUUCCAACUGUAUUCUUUUUUGGUGAUCACCAAAUCAAGGUAUUAGUUCUUUGUAGUUGCAUAUUGUAGGCUUGUAAGAAAUAAAAGGAGAUAAGAAAAGAAGUAGUUAUUUAAUUAAAGUUAAAAAAUAGAAAACAUUGCCCAUUUAUAACGGUAAAUAAAAACACAAGAAAAUACGUUACCUUUACUGAGCCUACGAUACCAUACAAUGAAUACCCCGUGACAUGGCCAUUUUUCUGUGUAUAAUUUUGGGUCGUGAAUUUAUUUGGCAAAGCCAUGAAGCCCGCAUUAAUUAUACGCAUCGAAACCUUUCCCACAAAUUUACACGUACAAUUCACUGAAAAAGUCACCUAAUCAAAUGAGCAUUUAACAUAAGAAUAUAAAAUGUUUAAGUCAGUGUUAUUUACAAGUAGCUAGUUAUUUUGGUCCCGUGCAGCGUAUGCAUCCAUGACGAUCGGUCUUACGGACCGAAAUCUUCAUAUAGCCAAAAAAUAUACGUAGUGUUUUUUCAAAACAUUAAAUUAAACUAUUAUAUCGAUGACAAUGUUGUUUCUCUGAUAUAGGACGAGUUAUUUUUGGAAGAUAUAAAUAUGAUACUAAACAGAGGUGAUGUACCGAAUAUAUUUCCAAAUGAUGAACGACUAGAAAUUAUUGAAAAGGUUGGUACUGUACGUGUAUCAAAUCAGUAAGUUGCCUAUCAAAAAUGUACACUGUUAAUUUCGAAUUGUGUAUUGCAUUUCAUCGAGUAUUUCCUGAAAGUGAAUUUAGAACAGCCGGAACUAUGAAAUCGGAUAAUAAAAAUCCAAUCAUGUUGGUGAAAACAAGUUAUUGUUACGUUGCCGUUAGGAACUCGCCCGAUUUGUUUUGAGUAUUUUUCUCGCACGUGUCUCUUGUGUUGCUUCUAAUUUGGCUUGAACCAAGUUAUAAUGGAAAAGGCAGAGUUCACUGGCAUUGUUAUAGUGGAAAAGGCAGAGUUCACCAAAUAUCUCCACGAAGAACGAGAGACGUUACAGAAUCAAGUAUAAUAAUGCUAUUUAUUUGCUCUUUUAUUAUAGAUGCAAGCUAUUGUACAGGAGGGAGAACUUAAUGUAGAUUCCAGUCCUCUCGCGAUGUAUAACUUCUUUGUUGAACGAAUACGUCAGAAUCUUCACAUUGUUUUGACAAUGAGUCCUAUUGGUGACGCCUUUCGAAACAGGUUGCGAAUGUUUCCCUCGUUGAUCAAUUGCUGCACGAUUGAUUGGUUUCAAGUAAGAGAUUUAUUACCAACUUUCUAUUUACUUGUUACAUACUGUACGCCACUAUCUUGAGAAUCGUGACGCAUUACGAUCUAAAUAUACAUACAUAUAUGCAUACAUAUAUAUAUAUAUAUAUAUAUAUAUAUAUAUAUAUAUAUAUAUAUAUAUAUAUAUAUAUAUAUAUAUAUAUAUAUAUAUAUAUAUAUAUAUAUAUAUAUAUAUAUAUAUGACUGUGUUUGAGGAAACAUGUCUGGUAUAAUAUUUUUGUGGUUUUGUUGAACUUUUCUUCAGACAUACAAAGUAAAAACUUUUAUUCGUAAAAUAAAGUUUUAAAAUCCCAAACGUUUCGCCGAUCAAGGCUUCUUCAGUGGGAAACUAGUUAAAAGUCAUAUAAUGUCCCUAUAUAUAUGCAAGUCCGUCAAUACUCAAUAGCCAAAAUUACAAUAUAUAAAACUAAUUAGAGAUAAAACGAUUGUCUUGAUUACAUGUACAGGAUUAAAAAAAUUAAAAUUAAUUAUAUAUACAGGAUUUAAGAAAAUUAAAAUACUAAUUGUAUAAAAGUGUUCUCCCAGUACAGCCAUGUGGACUGUAAACCUUGUUCGUCGUCUUCAUUUCGUGUGGUGGUAGUUACACCUGACGCAUUUCGAAUGGUCGUUCUUAUCAUUUCUCUGGGGUACCCAUUGUUUAAAAACAAUUCCGUCACUGUGCUUAACGAUUUCCUUCGAGCUUGUUGAUUGGAAGAAUUAAAGAACACUUAUCAAUGGACAAGCAGACCGUAUACAAUAGAGAGUUUGAGCAAGACAACGAAGUCGGACGACGACGACGUGGUUGACAAUUUUUGCCUGUCUUGCACAUUACCUUGCACAUUCUGAGUUUCGGGUCAGGAGUGAAGACAGAUUAGAGAUUUAUGCUUAGCUGUUUGUGAAUGGUGACCCAAAUCCUUACCCUGAUCAGGAUAAAACAGCGAGACAUGAAUCCAUAUCCCGUCUUCGUCUUCUGCCUUCGUUCACAACGAAUACUUUCGCAAAUUUCGUUGUGAAACUCGUUCUGCACGAAGGCAGAAGGACAAAGACGGGAUAUAGUUUCAUGUCUCGCUGUUUUUUUCUGGAUCAGGGCAAGACUUAUGGUCAGUAUUCAUAAACAGCGACACAUGGGAAGAUACGUUGUGUAACCACCAGUGACGUCCAACUCGGUAUGCGCAAGAUAAUGGACAUACGGCAAAAAUUGUCAAGUAUGCCUUCGUCUUCGUACUUCGUUGUCUUGCUCAAACUCUCUAAUUUCCCACAAUCAGAGACCUGAGGACGCUAAAAUAAGUUGGAAACUUUUACACACACAUAUCCGCAACCAAGAGGAGCGAAGGUACAUUGAAGCAGUCGAGAUACGAAACAAUGCUGACAAAAUUAUGAAUGGCUGUACUGGGAGAACACUUUUAUACAAUUAGUAUUUUAAUUUUCUUAAAUCUUGUAUAUAUAAUUAAUUUUAAUUUUUUUAAUCCUGUACAUGUAAUCAAGACAAUCGUUUUAUCUCUAAUUAGUUUUAUAUAUUGUAAUUUUGGCUAUUGAGUAUUGACGGACUUGCAUAUAUAUAGGGACAUUAUAUGACUUUUAACUAGUUUCCCACUGAAGAAGCCUUGAUCGGCGAAACGUUUGGGAUUUUAAAACUUUAUUUUACGAAUAAAAGUUUUUACUUUGUAUGUCUGAAGAAAAGUUCAAAAACCAAAAUAUAUAUAUAUAUAUAUAUAUAUAUAUAUAUAUAUAUAUAUAUAUAUAUAUAUAUAUAUAUAUAUAUAUAUAUAUAUGUCCUAAUAUUUAAUUGCUAUUAAUCAUAUGCAGCUUGCCUCGAAUCAGAUUGACUUUCAAGUUCCAUUCGUCAUUAAGCUGUCACUUAAUUUACCUAUAUUACCAGACCGGUUCAACUCGGCUCUAAACCAAUUGAAUUAAAUAGGCUUCUCUAUGCUCGGACCUAGCUCUUGACUUUUUGAAUUAGCUCAACUUAGCUUUCAUCCAGCUCUUAAUAUGCCGAGCAGGCUCAGGGCGGCUACGUUAAGGUGUAACUUUCCCUUAAAGUUUCUUCCCUAACAACGUUUGGAAAAUAACAUGAAAUAUAGAAAAGUUAAGGGAAGUGUCAGGUCUUGCUGAACUGGGCCUGGGCUUGCCACAUUCCAUGGGAGGUCUCAUGCAUCACAUCUCAAUCGCAUCGCAUCUGUUUUGGUUUGGUCAUUAUGUUUAAUUAACCUUUUUUUAUGCAGCGAAUCCCCCAAUAUUUAAUGAGUGCACCUCAAAAAUAUGCUUUGCAUCGCCUCGGACGGUACCUACAUGCGGUAUAUAUUUCUAUUCAUGAUUUUUUAUGUUUACACCAGGCAUGGCCAGAAGAUGCAUUAGAAAUGGUGGCAAAUAAGUUUUUGGACGAUGUUGAAAUGUCAUAUAAUGUUCGUAAAGAAGUCGUUUUCAUGUGCAAGUAUUUCCAUGAAAGUGUGCGAGCUUUAUCUGAAAAGUAAGCUCUAAUGAGUAAUUUAUUUUGUUCCUUUGAUUUUGUAUCAUUUGAAAGAGUUCACUUGAAUUUUACUACAAGUGGAGAAAUGUCUUCCUCUAGCCUGCGCAGCGGCUGUCAGAGAAAGGAGAGCCUGCACGAAACCCCAUGCUUUGCCAUUUCCGCCCACUUACCUGCGGGCUACGCCCACUUUAAACAGAUGUCAAAAUUGGCCAAUCACACAGAUUGUUUACGUUUGCAAAUUUAUUUGUCAAAAUGAAAUAUAAAUAUAGAUUGCUGUAUGUUCGCAAAUUUCAAAACGAAAUUAAUAUACGGAUGUCGGCUAAAGAAAAUCGAAGUCUGUGGGAAUAGCGCUAGGCCUAGGCACAGAGGAAGUACAUACAGAGAUCUCACUUCAGGUUAAUUUCGCGUAAGGGAUUUUUUCAGUCCGCCAUGUUCUUAGCAAGUGCCCUAAAGAGAGGCAGUCACCCCCUGAAAACAUAUUGAAAAUUUAAUAUUCCAGGGGGGUGAAUGCCUCUCUUUAGGGUACUUGCUAAGAACAUGGCCGCCAGCUAUUUCGGUAAAAAAGCGCCUUACCGUUUUGUAAUGGAAGUUACACUUCUGUAUGUCUUUAUUCUGUGGCCUAGGGCAAUCUCCAUCGUUGUCACAAGUAGUUUGCAGUCCGUAUCUACGAUAUUUCGUAGCUUUCUCGCACACGUACAAAUAUAAUUUAUAGUUUCGACAGCGGUCAACCGUGAUGUAUUAAAUGUUAUUAAAGUUUCUAGCGGUGCAGAGAAGAGAAUAUUAAUUUUGUCUAAAGCCAUCACUUCAUAGAGAGCAAGUCCUGUUCAUAAUACAUAAGCAUUUACAGCAAUUCUCUCCUGGCACAAAAUUAUUAGCUACAAAAUCAUGAAGGAAAAAUCUAUUUGUCAUCGAUGAAUUGAUGAAAACGAACACGCUUGUGAAGGAGGUGCUGCUAACAGACAGCAAUCCAACGAAGACACCACAGUCAAUAUCUCUAGAGCUUCGUGAACCAAGUUCGUAAAUACCUUUAUUGUUGAACCGUAAAUCGUGGCCUUUAAGCUCUUUUGAAUGCAAAACUCAAAGAAACGCCUCUCAAUAAUACAUCCGCCAUGUUUGUAUGAAUUUUAGCAUAAAUUAGCAUAUUUUUUUCAUUCUGAACCAAUCAGAUUUCUCGUCCUCUGAGAGAACGAGUAAAUACGGCAAAGCAGGGGGUUUCGUGCAGGCUGUCCUUUCUCUGACAGCCGCUACGCAGGCUAGUCUUCCUCUUGUAGUCAAAGCAUAGGACAGGAUAACUUCAGGUUAAAUUUUAUGUUGACGGGGCUUCGAUGGCUCAAUCGUCAGAGCUGACACGUAUGCAUGUGAACGCUUCACUGGUACUCCGAUUUCCUCCAACAGGGAAUGUGAACAGGGUGCGCUGGGAUUAUACCCCACCUGACACUUCCACCGUAGCUGUUCUCCAUGAUCACUCAUAAGUCAUAAGGUGGCAGACAGGGGCGUUGUUAGACAGCCCUUUAAUUCGAUCAGGUUGAGCUGCGUCCUUCGCAAUUUAGCUUACUUAGCAUUCCCCCCUCCCCCCUCCACUUAUCAAAAUUUAUGCUUGGGUUUUAUAGAUAUUAUGAAAUUUUGCGAAGACGCUGUUAUGUCACCCCAACAUCGUACCUUGAACUUAUUAAAACAUUUAAGUCGUUACUCGGUCGGAAACGGAUGCAACUCUUAACGUUAAGAAAUCGUUACUUGGUGGGCUUGGAAAAGUUAGAGUUUGCCUCUGCCCAAGUUACUGUUAUGCAGCAAGAGCUCACUGAGCUACAACCUGAACUUAUCCAAACGAGCAAGGAGACAGAAAAUUUGAUUACGAAAAUUGGCGCAGAGACCGAAGUGGUUGCUGCUAAAAAGAAGGUUGGUGACACAAAUUGGAAAUAGGCUAAGGUUUUUAGGGCUGAUUUUUUGUUUACACCCGUUUUUGUCAUAAUCAUUUCUAAAGACGUUUUCUUGGUUUAAAUUAAUGAUAUAUAGUAUUUCCAGUUUGCAUAAUUAGCGAUGAUUUACCAGUAUACAUGCAUGCACGCGCGUAGGUUCGAUUUCAAGCUUUUGGAAAAAAAAUUAAAUUCAAAAGCUAUAAAUAAUCAGUUCAAGGCUUUGCACGUAUAAUGGUACGCUUGGGAACUUCUAUAGAUGCAGUCUAUUAUAUUCAUUUGCGGAGGCUUUGGAGGGAAAUUAAAUGCACCAUAGAUAAUAUUAAUCAUCAUAAUAAAGUAACUGAGUGUACUAUAACAACUUGUUAUUUAGAUUGUAGAGGCGGACGAAGCUACAGCUAAUGCAGCUGCAAGUGAAGCCCAAGCGUUAAAGGUAAUCGGUCUUCUAAUGUCGUGAGUUAUUUAUUCAGCAUUAUACUCUUGCUCAUUAUAUAGCCUGAGGUUAAGAAAAUGACUAGCAUACCUGGUUAUUUGCGUCAUUGAAUUUGGUCCGUGACAUUUGCGUCAUUGAAUUUGGACCAAUAAGCAACAGUCAGGGAGAAUAAGUUAUAGUUUAUAUAUUGAAAAACUGAUUAUGAGUUGUGUUUUAUUUCACAGGAUGAAUGUGAAGAACAGUUAUCAGUUGCAAUGCCUGCACUUCACUCAGCCAUUGCUGCACUCAACACGUUAAAACAACAUGAUAUUACAAUGGUGAAGUCAAUGGCAAAUCCUCCUGCUGGAGUUAAGAUGGUUAUGGAGGCAAUAUGUAUACUUAAGGUCGGUCAUGAUUACAUUCUUCCGCGCAGUAAACCGCCCGAAAUUUUUUAAGGAUUCCAUUUGCAAAGAAAAAUUUUGUAUGUUGAGUUCUCUAAGUUCGAAUCUAUGUUUGCACGUUCAUGACUGGUUAUGGACAAACGUCUUAUAUCUCUCAUGCAGCGUUUUUUCAGGCUUCCCUUGCGUUUUCGUGAUGGUGCCACCAGCCGAAGUGGUCUAUGCAAUUAACUUAAAUGCGAAGAAUGAAUGAUGCAAUGGCAUAAUCGUUCAUACACAGUUACACUGUUUAUGCAUUUCUUCGUCUUUGACUUUUACCGCAAUAUUUACCUUCUUUCUAUUUGUUUCGAAAAUUAGGCAAAUAAAGAACUGAAAUCACCAAAAUUUAUUAGCCACCGAAAUUUUUGUUCAUUCAUCACAUUCUACCUACACAGGAAAAUAAGUCUUCCAAUAUCUCAGUAUUUGUUUCUAUUUUUAUAAGGGAGUAAAACCUGAGAAGAAGAUUGAUGCCAACGGGAAGCAAUUUGAAGACUACUGGGCUUCUUCUAAAAAGGUAUGUGCAAUUUAUAUGUUAAAGCUAGGUUGGGAAACAUUAAGCGUGGAGUCAUCCAUUGUACAAAUUCUUGGACAAACACACGUAGUCACAGAAACGAAUACUUGGGAAACAAAAUACCUUAAUUUCUUCGGAAACAUUCUUGGUUUUUGAUAAGAAACGACGUUUCCAGAACAAUGUUCUAGAGUCUGCCAUUGAGAACUGAAUAUUACCCUGACAAACUUAAUUUGCUGUACUGACGUAACGCUUUGUGGUUAUACUUCAGUUAUUAGGUGACCUAAGGUUUCUUGAGAACCUGAAGGACUUCGAUAAGGAUAAUAUAUCACCACCAGUGAUCAAGAAAAUUCGUGAAAAAUAUGUAAGCAGUCCGACGUUUGAUCCAGCUUUGAUCAAGAACAUAUCAUCUGCAUGUGAAGGUUUAUGUCGCUGGGUGAGAGCAAUUGAAGUCUAUGACAGAGUUGCAAAGGUAAGGGGCUUGCACUCAAACCAAGGGGCAAUUUUUUUAGUGGAAUCCUUUCCUUUUCGCUAGCCAAGGCUUCACGAACAAGUCAUACUGAAAGUUCGCAGGACACACACAACAACGAAUAGGCGAAGAGAAGACUGGUGUUAUUUGCGUUUUGUUAUUAAAGAAUCGUAAUGCAUCUAAAAACGUUGACCAGUAUUUCUUUUAUAUUACCCCCUUUUUGAACAUCAUAUUGCCAUUUCUUUCAUUCCUUGCUUUAGUGUACUCAUGAUUGCACUUAUUGUACUCAAGUUAUGGUUGUGGAGUUUUGUUUUUCUCUUGUUUUUGGAUACCAAUUAAAUUAAUAUAUUAAGUAAAAACUUUACUGAAAUGCAUAUUACUCUUCCUCAUGUUUUAUAUUGUUAACGCUUUUCUUGUCGAACUGCAUUCACCAUCUUGAAUUAGAGCGCUGUCUUAAAAUAAUCAGAAAUCAAGGAGUUUUGCCUCAAAAUUAUGAUGGAACAUUAUGUUAUAAUGCAAAUUCACGAUGCAUGUUAAACUAGGGAUGCAAAGUCAAAUUAGGAUCGCUAUAAGCAAUCAUACCGGAGUUGAUUCAUGCACAUACGAAGCAGAAACGUUGUAGAGAUAAUGCUCGAACGGUCGUGCCAGUGUAGGUAGCGACGAUAUUAUCUACUGAUUUCCCGACGAAGGGCCUUCGCUUGAAACGUCGAAGUUCGCUUUGAUGAUUUUCAGGUAGUUGUAUCACUACCAUGAAGUAUGCGCGCAUAUUAACAAAUUGACCAGAUCUUCAGGUCGUUAUCCUAAUUUGCAUAUUUAACGGAUAUCCUGAGCAGUUUCCAUACAGGUAUUGGAAUAUUGCCUUGUAUUACCAUAUUUAAAUAUUUGUCCACUGCAGUAUCUCCCAUAUUUUUCAAUAGCUUGUUGCUCCUAAAAAGAAAAAGUUAGAAGAAGCGGAAUCUGCAUUGAAUGUUCAAAUGAGUCAUCUGGAUGAAAAAAGGUCCGCGCUUGCUGAGGUUCAAGGGAAACUUCAGGCUCUGAACGAUAACUAUGAUAUGAAAAUUACAAAGAAGAAGGUGAGAUAUGUUGACGAAUUAAUUGUUUACUCAAUUAUCACAUCCCGUUAACUGUAAAAGCGGAAUUUGAUUGUGUAGAAUGUGAAUUAAAAUUGUAUUUAACGCCAAACGCCUCUAAGAAGAAGCAUUUUUUGCACAAAUAUAAUAAUUUGGGUCUAUAGUAACGAAUUAUAUGGAUUUCGCGGCCUGCCUAUACCCUACUUUCUUCCUCCGUCCUUUCCUUACAAGAUUCCUGCUGAAGAAGAUUGUUAGGUCGAAACGUGUACGGGGUUUCCUUUCCUACUCUGUAAUUCACUCACUCUCUUCUUAACCCCACUUUUGUUUGCAUUAUAUCCCAUUGUACACCCUUUGGCUUAAAGAUGUCUCUUAAAAUCUAGUAAGUAAAACGUCUCUUGUAUAUGUUUUACUUCCGUCCCCUCCUAAGAUCAGUCAACAGCCAAGAUUAAUUGUCGUCAAAUAUCGUCAAUCGGGCCAAGAUUAAUUAUCGUCACAUGCUGCAUGCUCAUUUCAUCUGGUACAACAAUACUUGUCCCAUUUCCUACAAAUAUUAUAAUAAAAAUUAAUCCGUUCGAUUAUAGUCAAAUUAUUAAUUAACCAAAAAUUAGGCAGCGUUAAGAAUAUUUACCAAUGUUUAUAGAAAUAAAGAAACAAUAAGCAUUCUUUAAUUCAUUGCAAAUGUAAUUCGUCGAUGCGGUUAUUUUUUUACCUCCUGAAGUGUUGAAUACGUGUUAUAUUCGAAUUACCUUGAGUCAAAUGUCAUUUAAAUUAACCCAAUCGCAAUAUGCAACAUCACAACUUCCAAGACACUGACCUUUUCCACAAUGUCUUACAAUUCAGGCGUCUCACAAUUUCCAUCCCACACAGUGUUCUCCCCAUACAUUUGGAGCAAAGAUCGAGUGUGCCAAAAUGUUGUACUUUGACUUCGAUUCAAAGAAUAGUAUUAUGAUUUUAUGAACUGAUACAUGAUUAACGAUACGAUCCGUUAAAAACUGAAAUUAGCUUGGAAAAAUGGUAUGAAAUCUGUUUCCGACCUUCUUAGAUUUUGGACGUCAAUUUAUACAAUCUUGGCCAUCUAUAGAGCUCCGUGAUCCCGCCUACUCACAAACCCCUGUGCGCUUCCUCCAACCCAAAUUGAACCCUUCAGUUCAUUUCCAGUUGUUGUUCGUUGAUUCCUGGAGAUAAAGUUGAAGCAAAGUUAUGUAAUAAGUAUUCGCAGAGAAAUUAUGAGCGUGAACCGUGUUUUACUCUACCGAGGUUUUCUUCACUUACAGUACAUUGCGGCAACGACGAAAUGAAAUUAAACGAAUGAGAAUGAAAUAUUUGUGGAGUGAAACGCAGCCAUGCUCACAGUUUCUCUGCAAGCACAAGUAACAUGACUUUGACCGUUGUGUAGCCCCGAGUAACAUGGGAGACGACUUGCUUCUUAUGUAGAAAUGUUUCUGACUUAAUUCCCUUACAAAGGUGUUAUUUUUUCACCUUCAUAUCAGGAUUUACAACGGAAUAUUAAAUUAUGUUCCGAGAAACUGACAAGAGCUGAGAAACUUCUAAAAGGAUUGGGUGGAGAGAAAUCAAGAUGGGUCCAGGUAAUUACUUACACUCUAAAAACACUGGUUAACAUUUCCUGGUUAACUUAAUAGUCCUGUUUAUUUUAACCUAUUGCCUAUAGUUAAUUUACCCUCUUGUUAAAUUCACCAGAUUAUGUUUGGUGGAUAAAUGAUCAGGGUCUCUGAAAUUUUUUACCUGUACAACCAAAGUAAAUUCAGUUGAAUGUAUUUAUUACUGUUUUUACCAUCAAAUUUAAUUUAAUUUAUUUAUCCACAGUGCGCUGAGGAACUUGGUGAUACGUAUAAUAAUAUAGUUGGUGAUGUUCUUCUAUCGUCCGCCAUUGUUGCUUAUCUUGGGCCGUUUACAGUUGAAUUUCGACAG